AUGGCGUCCUCGUCGCUAUUCGCGGCGAUCUCGUUGCGCGUCCGCGACGUAUUCGCUGCACAUGCGCGGCUUAUACGUUGCGCGUCCGUGACUUAUUCGCUGCUCGCCCGCUCCGUCCCGAAGCCGUUCGCAAACCGCCAGAAUAAGGCCGUUAGUUCUCAGGGGUUACAAUACAAUGCAAAAACAAUCUCGCCGCAGUGGCAGUUUGCCGUAUUAUUGGCGCCAAACUUCCUAUGGCUGGACGCGCUACUAGACAAAGUAACCAUCCCAGCCUGGAGAAAAAGAAUCAAGGACCGUAUAGCAAAGGCAAGGGCCCUAAUCGGCAGACUGACAAGCUUCAGAUCGGGUAAUAAUAGACCGAGAGUUGUGCGCACCGCUAGAAUAGCGUUUGCUGGGACAAAUAUCAGUUUGUCCAAGCCGGAUAUCACGCAGAAACUAACGGAGCGCAUAGACGACCUGAAGCAAAAAAUCGCUGCUUGGCGGAGGCGGAUUCGAGGAUUUACCGCGAGGUCAAGGCGGUUCAACCAGAAUUGUCUCUUCCAGAGUGAUCGGAAGAGGCUUUAUAAAUCAUUGGAGCGACCAGGGGUAUAUGGAGCGGGCUCAGGACCGGAUCAUGCCGACACUGUCGCAUUCUGGCGUGGCCUGUGGUCAGAGCCCGUAAACCACAGCGAGGGCCCUUGGAUGGAAGUUGUGGCUAGCCAGGGUGCGAGUUUUACGCCUAUGGACCCCGCCACCAUAACGCCGGAAGACGUGGCUGAGGCGAUCCGUAGGGCACCGAACUGGAAAAGUCCGGAGCUCGACGGGCUGCAUCAUUACUGGCUGAAGGGGUUCGUAGUGUGUCACACUGUGCUCGCCCGACAGUUUCAAGAGGCUCUCGACCAGAAGUCCCACAUAUAA